GUGUGCAGACAAUUGCCACAAGAAGAGACAAUGAGUUUUUAUUCCAAUUUUAAUUUGUUUGUCUAUCUAAAAUACGUCACUUAGUGGCCACCACAAAAGUAACCCUAAGUCCUGUCUAACACUGACUGAAGGGUCCCUCUGGUUUUCUGAUUCAAAAGCCAUGGAAGCAAUAUCCGUGGGAUCCGAUCCUCGUCUCUAUUUUCAAGUGGGAAAGAUAAAAAUCAGUGAGGGAAUGAAAUGUUUGCAAGAAUUAGUACAAUGGUACAAAAGCAACUUCACCCCAGAAAAUGCUGCAAUCCUUGAUGAAUCCAUGACCUACCUUCAAUCUCUUCAACGACAAGUACAGGAAACCAUUGAAAUAAAACAACAAAAUGACAAAUUUAGAACUACACUAAACGAAGAGAUGGUGCUGGAUGCAAAUUUGGAGAAUUCAUUGGGAUUCAAACGAAAAAGGUGUUCGAACGAUUGGGAAAACUUCAUUUUUGUGGACUCAAAUGGGGAGGAAAGGGCUCAAUGUAAAUAUUGUAAGAGAGAUAUAGUAGUAUCAAGUAAGAGAGAAACCAGAUUUCUCAAAUGUCAUUUACAAAUAUGCCCUAAUUUGAGGAAUCCAAAUGCAGGAGCAAAUAAAGCAAAAGAGGAAUGUGUGGUUGAUCGAGAAUUGAAUGGCUUUGAUGUGAUACGAAAGAUUAUUAAGUAUGGGCUAAACGGGAUAAAGAAUGGUAUAGUUGAUGUUUACAAACAAGAAAAAGAUGAACUUUGUGGAUAUUUGGAAAAAAUCCCAUCUCAUUUUACUUUAGCUUUUGAGGUGUUUUCCACUAGGGACAGUUCCCUUUCAUAUUUGGCUAUCAAAGUUGGAUUUAUUGAUGAUAGUUGGAAACAGAAGGCUAGGAUAAUAUGUUUAGAAGAAGUUUUUUUAGGUCCAUAUGAAAAAGUUUUGAAGCGUUUGCUUGAGAAUUUUAACAUUGACAAAAAGAUAUGCUUUGUUCAUUGCAGCUAUUUCAGCAGUGCCAAAAUUAAAAGGAUCAAUGACAUUUUUGAACGAGGUUCGCUUCCAAUCAUUGUGAACUUUGUGCCAGUUUUUUCUUUACUAGAGCAUCUUGAACAUCAUGUAUUAUGGGGUGGAUGGCCAUACAAAAUUUUAGAUAAAGUGAGAAGUCUUGUGGGCUAUGUCAGGUCCUCAACAAAUGGUAAUAAGUUCCAAUCUUCUGUUAAAAAGGCUCUAUCCAUGGGCAAAAAAAUUACAUCUCAAAAUUUUCCUCCUGAACCAUAUGAGAAUGUGUAUUUGCUUGAGUGGGUUAUUGGAUAUAAAGAAGCACUUUUUGAACUGGGGCAUAUAGAUACAAAUUGCAAUUCAAUAAAUUUUACGAAGGAGGAUUGGGAUAAGACAAUCGCACUGCAUAGCAUUCUGAAAGUGGUAAAAGGUGCUUUUCGUAGCUUGUAUAAUUGCAAAAUUAUCACUGCACUCUUGCAUUUCCAAGUGGUCUUUGACAUUUAUUUUAAUCUGCUUCAAUGGAAAAACAGUGAUGAUCAUUAUGUUCGAGAGAUAGCAUCAGGGUUUGGUGAAUUUUGUGAUCAGUUGUGGAACAAUUGUAAGAUUUUAGUGAUGAAUGUAAUUGUUGAUCCACGUUUCAAAAUGGAUGGCAUAGAACAGUGGUUCAAAGAGAGUUACGGCAAUGAGGCAGACACUUACCUUCAGCAAAUCAUUGAAGUUACUACAAAUGUUUAUAUUGAAUAUGCAAGGGGCAUCAACUAUGGUGAUAGUGCUAUCUCAAAUGCUUCACCAGAAGUAGAACUCAAUAGCUAUUUCAAAGAUCCUAAAGUUGAUUCUGGUGAAGAGUUUGACAUUUUAACUUGGUGGCAUCUCAAUGCUUCCACUUAUCCCACACUUGCAAGGAUUGCACGAGAUUUUCUGCCAGUGCCUAAAUUUACAGGAUUUGGUUAUUCCGUGGUGGCAGAUGAUGAACAGAUUUUGAUGAAUCCAGACUUGGAUGGUUAUCUAAAACUAGUUAUGUUACAAACAAAACUUUGGUUGUCUUACUGA